AAAAUUGUUAAGGCAGAAACGUCCUCAGGCCAUAAUAUUGACUCGACAUCAUUGGCUGCCGAACUCGUCCGACUUGACCUCAUCACACAAUAAGCUAAAGCUAAAGCGACUGCGAGUUGCUCGUGAACUGACUACUAUAAAAAAAAAAUAAACAAUUGAAGCCGACCUGCGAGGGCAUAUAGUAAUUUUCCGCGAUGGGCGUCCCCUUCGAAGCGCUGAUUCCCUAUGGAAUCAUCCUAGCCAUGUUCAGCGCCACUGGUGCGGGACUUUCGAAACUUAGACAUUGGACCAACGGCGGCAAGAGGGCGAGGCGAUCGUUAGAUCAGUGGGACAGACAAAUGAUGAAUCGCGACAUGCGCCUCACAGGAUACCUCCGAGGACAGAGCGAUGCUCCCGUAGCACCGGCCGGAUUCGAGCUGAACAACCCAUGGAGGGUCGAGAAGCGAUUCACGUAGAUGGAAAAUUAGAGAGGCGAAGGAAGGAAGACAUAUUAUCUACGAUGAACAGCUACUUGUACAAAGUCUACAAAAUACAGCAUUUCAUAAACGAGUUGUC